AGAGAGCUUUAGUUUUGUCAAUAUUGUCAAAAUUUUUCGUGUCAAUGAGUCACCCCGAAGCUAAACAAUGUCCCGCUAGUUGCCCCCACGGUAAAGGUGGCAUCGUAAUAACAAUAACCGGCUGUAAAGGGACCUGUAAAAAACCCGAUUCUGUUGUGGAGGAGAAACCUCAGCACAUCGAACCGGUUGACAGUAAAGAGUCUGGGAACAAACAUCACUCUGCUGUGGACGAGAAAUAUCAUGAAACCGAAUCAGAUGAGAGCAAAUUGAAUGUAACCGAACGCGACGACUCUGAAAACCUUGGUGGAUCCACAGAAGAGCCGAAAUUUGUCUUACCGCUGUUGGUGGAGCGCCACCAUGGUCCUGGUUGUGCCAUGGAAAUAAGUGUUUUAGAAAAACAUGAAGACUCUUGUUUAUACAAAAAGCAACCAGCCCAUGGUCGAAAAUUGGAAGACCGAGUAGGGAGUUACGAGUGUAUAGGGAGGAUAGUUUUCAGAACUUGUGCUAACGAUGAAGUGUCGGACCAAACAGAGAAAAAACCGGAUAUCGCCCGUGGUUCAGGAGACAAACCUCCCCACAGUAAUCCUUCAGCUCCCAUAACAGAGGUCAGGCAAUCCUCACCUACAUCUCUCAAGCAGUCAUCGGAACAGGGAAGUAAAUAUGAGAGUGCAACCUCUGUCACUGAGAAAGUGCCAGAAGCCGAAAACCAAAGGCAAUUGCAGGCUUCUAGAAGCAAAAGUCUACGAGUGGAGCAAGUUAUGUAUGGCCAAAUCAAGGUUGCAAAUCCUAUGACGACUUAUAAAAAAAAAAAUAACGAGAGUUUUUCGAAACUAUUUGAUCCUUCUUUGGCGAAAAAAUUCUCAAGUGGGAGCGAUUCUAGAUCAUCAGCCGAGGAAACUAAACAUCCGAUUCCAAGAAAUCCGAUCUGGAUGAUGGAGGGAUUCAGAAUGAUAAACAGCUGAAAAGUUCGGAUGAGACUAUUACGACUUUGAACGAGUUGUCUAAAGUUUCUGGGAAAAAUAGGAAACCUGGAUUUUUCGGUUCCAUGUUCAAGACUAAGAAAAGUUCGUCUAGAGAUUCAAAACCAGAUCAAAAAACGUUUAAAAGAUAUUAAUGAGAGUAAUAAAAAAUCUUUUUAUAUCUC